AUGGCAUCCAACCUGCCAGCGACAAUAGUUAUCGCGGCAGACGGUCUAUACAAACGAGAUGUCUUUCGAUUCCCCGACCCAUUCGCCGUGGCCACUGUCGGAGGCGAGCAAACCCAUACGACCUCCGUCAUCAAAAAGACCUUGAAUCCCUACUGGAAUGAGCCGUUCGAUUUGAGAGUCAACGAAGACAGUAUCCUCGCGAUCCAGAUCUUCGACCAGAAGAAAUUCAAGAAGAAGGAUCAGGGCUUCCUGGGCGUGAUCAAUGUGCGGAUCGGCGAUGUCAUCGAUCUGCAGAUGGGUGGUGAUGAAAUGCUCACCCGUGACCUCAAGAAAUCCAACGAUAACCUUGUCGUCCAUGGCAAGCUGAUCAUCAAUCUCUCGACCAACCUGGCCAAUCCCCACCCGAAUCAGCAAAAUGGACUCCAGCGCCAACAGGCUCAAUCCUCCACCUCUAGUGGUCUCGUCCCGCAGGUCGCUGCAUCAACCUCGCAACCGCCGGCCGGUGCAAGCCACCUCGACAUUUCGCCAGCUGCCGCAUCAAGUUCUUCGCUCAACAACCGCGCCUCGACAAGCGGCCCCCCUGCGCCCGCCGCGAAUGGAGCCGCCCCGCCCGGUGCCGGUGCCGCGUCUCGCGCGAAUCUGAGUUCUUUCGAGGAUAGUCAGGGUCGACUCCCUGCGGGCUGGGAGCGACGAGAGGACAACCUGGGACGAACGUACUAUGUCGACCAUAACACGCGAACGACAACCUGGUCCCGACCAUCUGCCAACUAUAACGAACAGAGCUCGCGCAACCAGCGUGAAGCCAACAUGCAACUCGAGCGUCGGGCUCACCAGAGUCGAAUGCUACCGGAAGACCGUACCGGCGCCAGUUCGCCCAAUUUGCCGGAGGGCCAGCGAACGCCGCCAUCUGGUGGUGCUCCUCCCGCUGCUACGGCCGCCGGGGGUAGUGCCCCUGGCUCGCACGCCAAUGCCGUUUCCAUGAUGGCAACGGGAGCUACCACUGCAGGCACUGGAGAGCUCCCGCCAGGAUGGGAACAGCGAUCGACACCCGAAGGUCGCGCAUACUUCGUGGACCACAAUACCCGAACCACGACCUGGGUCGAUCCUCGCCGACAGCAAUACAUCCGCAUGUAUGGCCAAAAUCAGAACCAGGGAGGAAACAACACCACGAUCCAGCAGCAGCCCGUCUCUCAAUUAGGACCUCUGCCUAGUGGUUGGGAAAUGCGUCUUACCAACACGGCUCGAGUCUACUUUGUGGACCACAACACGAAGACGACGACAUGGGACGAUCCCCGAUUGCCCUCUUCCUUGGACCAGGGCGUUCCUCAGUAUAAGCGUGACUUCCGCCGCAAGCUGAUCUACUUCCGAUCCCAACCCGCCCUGCGGAUUAUGUCUGGUCAAUGCCACGUGAAGGUCCGCAGAAAUAAUAUUUUCGAGGACUCAUACGCGGAGAUUAUGCGCCAGAGUGCUUCUGAUUUGAAGAAGCGAUUGAUGAUCAAGUUCGACGGUGAAGACGGUCUGGACUAUGGUGGUCUCUCUCGUGAAUUCUUCUUCCUCCUUUCCCACGAAAUGUUCAACCCCUUCUACUGCCUCUUCGAAUACUCCGCCCACGAUAAUUACACCCUGCAGAUUAAUCCUCACUCUGGCGUGAACCCCGAACAUCUCAACUACUUCAAGUUCAUUGGCCGCGUAGUCGGUCUUGCGAUUUUCCAUCGUCGUUUCCUCGAUUCGUUCUUCAUUGGCGCGUUCUAUAAAAUGAUGCUGCGGAAGAAGGUCACCCUUCAAGAUAUGGAGGGUGUCGAUGAGGAUCUUCACCGCAACCUUGCCUGGACUCUCGAUAAUGACAUAGAGGGAAUUGUCGAGCUUACGUUCUCUGUUGAUGAUGAGAAGUUUGGUGAGCGUCGCACUAUUGAUUUGAUACCCGGUGGCCAGGACAUUCCGGUCACCAAUGAGAACAAGGCACAGUAUAUUGAGCUUGUUACGGAGUGGAAGAUUGUCAAGCGAGUGGAGGAGCAGUUUAACGCAUUCAUGUCCGGUUUCAACGAGCUUAUCCCCGCAGACCUGGUCAACGUCUUUGACGAGCGCGAGUUGGAACUUCUGAUCGGUGGUAUUGCCGAUAUCGACGUGGACGACUGGAAGAAGCACACCGACUACCGCGGCUACCAGGAGCAGGACGAGGUGAUCCAGAACUUCUGGAAGAUCGUCCGCAGCUGGGACGCCGAGCAGAAGUCCCGUCUGCUCCAGUUCACCACCGGUACCUCGCGUAUCCCCGUCAACGGAUUCAAGGAUCUGCAGGGCUCAGACGGACCCCGCCGAUUCACCAUUGAAAAAUCCGGCGAUCCUGCCGCCCUGCCGAAAUCGCACACUUGCUUCAACCGUCUCGACCUACCCCCGUACAAAACCCACGACGCCCUGGAGCACAAGAUGUCCAUUGCAGUGGAGGAAACCCUCGGAUUCGGCCAGGAAUAG